AAACAUGUAAAGGGAGCUAUCUCUUACCUUUAUUCUGGUAUAGCUCCUGCAUGUAGGAGCUAUAACAUAUUCAUAAAAUUAAAACAGAAAGCUUAUAUUGUAAACUAGGUAUAUAUUUAGUGCAGAUCAUUAGGGGGAGGUUUGUUGGCCGUAGCAAUGGCCAUCUCGAGUAAAGCUAGCACAAGAACAAGUGCAUUUGUUCCACUUGUUUUGUGUCUGGCUUUGUUGGCUUGUCAGAUCGAGGGUGGCCUUGCUAAAGGUCACCGCAGAGGAGGCCGUCCCAGGCUUCCUGGUCGUGGUCCUGUUGCUCGUCCUGCCCCUAACCCUGGUACUAUUUUUAAUGUCCUGCAGUUUGGAGCUAAACCUGGCAGCAGAUUAUCACAGGCUCAGGCUUUUAUGAAAACAUGGAGAGCUGCAUGUGAUUUUGAUGGGAUAGCAACAGUUGUGGUUCCCCCAGGUGUCUUCACACUUGCAGAAACUGUAUUUCAAGGGCCAUGCAGAAACCCUCCUCUUUCUCCUAUAACAUUUCAGAUUCAAGGAACCAUGAAAGCGGUUGCUGACCCUUCAGAGUACUCUGACAAAUCAUGGAUUUCAUUUGAGCAUGUAGAUGGCUUGGUCCUUACCGGCCCAGGUACUAUUGACGGUUCAGGUCCCGAUGUUUGGAAAUACAAUGACUGUCACACUAAUAGUAACUGCGAGCUUCUUCCUGCUUCGCUGUACUUGAACGAUGUAAAGAAUGCAAAGAUUAGGGGGGUGACAUCAGUGAACAGCAUGGGAUUCCACAUGCAUGUUACAAAUAGUGCAAACAUCAGGAUAAACGGUGUUCAUAUCUUUGCCCCUGCAGAUAGCCCCAAUACCGAUGGCAUGCACAUCAGCAGAUCCUAUGCUGUCAGAGUUUCAAAGGCUGUCAUCAGAACCGGGGACGACUGCAUAUCUCUUGGCCAAGGAGCAACCAACAUAAACGUCAGCAGAGUCACCUGUGGCCCUGGACACGGCAUUAGUGUGGGAAGCCUGGGGAAGCUGCCAGAUGAACAAGACGUGACAGGAGUGAAUGUGAGGAACUGCACCAUGGCAGGAACUACAAAUGGUAUAAGAAUUAAGACAUGGCCUGGAUCAGCUCCAAGCAAAGCAACAGGCAUGCUUUUCAGCAACAUUGUAAUGGACAAUGUCCACUUUCCCAUCAUCAUUGAUCAAAACUAUGGCACCCAUUCCGACAAGCCAUCACUCGUGAAAAUCAGCGAUAUCACAUAUGAAGAUAUAAAGGGCACAGCAGCAUCAGAAGUCGCGGUGGAAUUAGACUGCAGCCCUGGGGCACCUUGUGACAAUGUAAAGUUCACAAACAUAAACUUGCAGCCAACAAUCAACACUAUGAGACUGAGUGCUACUUGUGCCAAUGCUAACGUCGGAUACGAAGGAAUGCAAUUUCCUCCACCAUGCCUACCUCCUCAUCCGUAAAUAUAAACUUCUGUUUUAUAACAUUACUAUGUCUGACAUUGCCAUGGAAACUACUAUUACUUGGAGCCCUUUGUAAUGUUACCACAUUUUCUUAACAACCUGGCAUUGUCUCAGAGAUACAUUGAAAUGAUUUAUUGGAUUCAUUCAUUUGAUCAAUUUUGAAGGCUCUCAUUUCACUUUCCUCU